AUGCCUGGCGGGGGGCGUAUCUGGGAGUCUUCCUCCUCCCCGCCUUCGACACUUCCCACAGAGCUCCUGGAGGCCCAGCUCGGUUUGGUCCGUGGCACGGACCUCUGCCUUCACUAUGCCACCGCAGAUAACAGCAAACUCAUCCUGCACCACUACAACCUCACCGGGAGAAUGGAUGGGCGGCGACCCCGGCAAGACAACAUGGGUACUCUUAAGGUGGUCUUUCUCACUGCCGGCUGCCUCAUCAUCCUGGUGAACUUGCUGGUGCUCACGGCCCUCGUUCGAAAAUUGCGAGCCCGCCGGUGGGUCUACUCGUGCAUCGCCAGCAUCACGCUCAGUGACCUCUUGACUGGGGUGGCCUAUAUGGCCAAUCUCUGCCUGUCCGGCAGCAGGACCUUCCACCUGUCACCCACGAUGUGGUUCCUCCGGGAGGGGGUCCUCUUUGUCGCCCUGGCAGCCUCCACCUUCAGCCUGUUAGUGACCGCGAUCGAGCGCUACAGCACCAUGGUGAGGUCCAUUGCCGAGAACGAGGCCAGCAAGAAGGCCCGCCUGAGAGGUCUCUUAUGCUUCUGCUGGGUCCUGGCUGUCAUCAUUGGCUUGCUCCCUUUAUUAGGCUGGAACUGCGUUUGCGAUUUGCCCAGCUGCUCCACGCUGCUGCCCCUCUACUCCAAGAACUACAUUAACUUCUCGGUGGUCAUGUUCAUGAUUAUCUUGGCAAGCAUAGUGGUACUGUAUGUCUCCAUCUAUCGCCAGGUCCAAAGAAGCACCUGGCAAGUGACAUCGAAGUCUGGCCGCAAGAGGUCGCUACGGCUGCUGACGACAGUGUUGAUAAUCCUUUUUGCUUUUAUUUGUUGCUGGUUCCCCCUCUUCAUCCUCCUACUGAUGGACAUCUUUCCUGAGACGAGGAGCUGGAAGCUUCACAAACACUUGGACUGGGCUUUGACCUUGGCGGUGGCCAACUCAUUCAUCAAUCCCAUCAUCUACUCCUUCAGAAGCAAGGAAGUGAGGAGAGCGGUCGUGAGCUUACUCUGCUGCUGCUGCCCUGGAAAAUGCCGUACUGUCACUGAUAUCCCGUCAGGCUCUUCCACAGGCACGGAAAGCUCCUUGAAACCCCAAGACAGUUUCCGAAAUUCCAAGGGGCUCAAUGCGAGGAAGGCCAGAGAGACUCUUUCCAGUAAUUCCAGUGCAAUGACCUCCAUGCCAACAGAAGACAUGUCAGAGUGGCAGCUGGAUAGAGGAGAGGAAAGCUGCAUAAGUUGUGCUGGAUUCCUAGAAGGAGGGCUGGAUAAAAACCUGAUAGGCACUGUGAACUGGAAUCUUGACUCUCCUGGACAUGAGGAGCAAGAUUCGCAAUUCAGCUUAAAAAGCUAUUAG